AACACUGUCGUAUAUUUCCAGACGCUCCCAUUCUGCCACUGGUGUCCGGCUCCUUUGUCACAGAAGUUUGUGAGAGAGCGAUGGAGGCCAAUGGAGGUGGACUAGAGGACAUGAACGAGCCGGCUCUGGGGGAGUGCUUGAGUGGGUACGUUGACCAAGGAAGCGUGGAGAGUCACAGGUACUAUCGUUCUCGGAGAACCGUGAUGGAGAUGCUUAAAGACAGAGGCUACUCCGUACCCACUUCCGAUCUUAACCUCACUCUCAAUGACUUUCGUGCCAUUCAUGGCCUCUCCCCUGACCCUGAACGCCUCCGAUUCUCCGUUACUCAUCUCAAGAACCCUUCUAAGAGGAUUCUUGUCAUUUUCUGUGGGCCUGGUGCGGUGAAAGUGAAUACAGUUCGAAGUAUUGCAGCUCAGAUUGUUAAUAGAGAUACUCUAAAGGGGCUAAUUUUAAUAAUUCAAAACCCAAUAACAAGUCAAGCUCAAAAGGCUCUUGAUUCGUUGCCUUUUAAAGUUGAAAUUUUCCAGAUUACUGACUUGCUUGUUAACAUCACAAAGCAUGUUUUGAAGCCGAGCUAUAAGUUCCUGACUAAUCAGGAGAAACAAAGACUCCUAAAGAAGUACAGCAUAGAAGAAAAGCAGCUGCCUCGAAUGUUGAAAGAAGAUGCAAUUGCUGGAUACUACGGACUUCAGAAGGGGCAAGUGGUGAAGAUUUCGUACAGUGGUGGAAUCUCCGACUCUUAUGUUACAUAUCGCUGCGUUUGGUGAUCCCUUUUCUGUGCAGUUCACUAAUUGGUAGCAUAGUUUUAGUGUUAUAUAAAAGUAAGAUUGUUGACCUCUACUGCUAUUAUAUAUCUUGUGGGAUUUUGGUUCGAUGUUUUUGUCUGUGUACCUUUCUAUCGUUUAGUCAUACCCUUUUGUGGGAUGGAAUUAUAAAUUUUCAUGCUCGAAGGGCACAUUGGUGGUCAAAGAGUGUAGGUUAAACAAAUAUUCUUGUUAAAAAAGAGGAAGAACCUGUUCAUGGUCACUUUUCUCAA